AGCGGAGCCUAUAGUCACGCGCGCUGUGCUUUACACUGCCCCCAACGCGCUCUGCUUCCGAUACUACACACACCACUCGACAGCUGCAAAGACAUCAGGCUCGUUCCCAAGGCUCCUCUUUAACUCGGCCCAGAACGCAUACGACGGCAGUGCCUGCUUUUCGCCGGUUUUUACACACCACAUCGCACCAAAUGCGCAGCCCGCCGGCUUGAGCACAACGCGCGCCGCGCCUUUUCAUGUGCGCUGCGCGAGACUGUUGCUCUCUAGCCGGCCAGGCCGGGCCACGGGAGAAACGAGAAAGCCCGUCCUCGCUCAGCGUGUGCUUCAACGUUUUGAAUCUCGUCUUGCGAGUGGGAUUUUCACCGAGAAAUGCCACGAGAAAACACAUCUGAGCGCGCGCCGCGUCCGUGCAUUCAUUCAGCGGCGCCCCGAGUUGAGUCUACAACGCUCUCAUAUCUGUUUUUAAGACCAGCCCCCGGCCCCGGGGAGGGAGGAUCAUCCUGUGUUACACACUAACGUACAGCGUACGACUCGUGUAUUCUACGCAGUUACAAGAGAGAUGGCAGAAGUCGCACCCGCUCCCGCCGCCGCGCCGGCCAAAGCGCCCAAGAAGAAAGCAGCUUCGAGAGCAAAAAAAGCCGGCCCUAGCGUCGGCGAGCUGAUCGUCAAAGCCGUUUCCUCGUCUAAGGAGAGGAGCGGCGUGUCUCUCGCUGCUCUGAAGAAAGCGCUGGCUGCCGGCGGAUACGAUGUGGAGAAGAACAACUCCCGCGUCAAAAUCGCCGUUAAGGGUCUCGUGACUAAAGGCACUCUGGUGCAGACCAAAGGGACCGGCGCGUCUGGCUCUUUCAAGCUGAACAAGAAGCAGACCGAAGCCAAGAAGCCCGUGAAGAAAGCCGCGCCCAAAGCGAAAAAGCCCGCCGCCAAAAAGCCCGCCGCUACUAAGAAGCCCAAGAAGGUAGCGGCCAAGAAACCCGCCGCCGCGGCCAAGAAGUCUCCUAAGAAGGCGAAGAAGCCCGCCGCCGCCGCAAAGAAAGCCACCAAGAGCCCGAAGAAGGCGAAAAAGCCCGCGACCCCUAAAAAGGCAGCCAAGAGCCCCAAGAAAGCGAAAGCUGUCAAGCCCAAGACCACAAAGCCUAAAGCGGCAAAGGCGAAGAAGGCAGCACCCAAAAAGAAGUCAGUCUCCCCGGCGCGCGCGCACAGACAUAUGUAGUCAAAUCGGAGGAGCGAGCCAUAAGAUCUGUUAUGACGUCACGUUCAGAGUUCUGCGGCGUUGUGCUGGAUGGAGCUUGACUGCCCUCGUGUGUCCAAACUCAGGAACGGCAGUUUCCCUCAAGGGAUCUGGAUGUUCAGCUGGUCUCAGAUCAAGCAUCCUCCUCUGUACUGACUCCACUAUCCCCAGCUUCAUCCUAUUCAUUAGAUUCCACAAUUGUCCUGGAGUCCACACGAAAGAGUAGGAACCCAACAGGGUUAAUGGAGCAGAAUGAAGCAAGACAGGUAAGCUUUGAAUAAAUGCAUUUAAAAUCCUCAAUUACGUAAUUGUUUAUUAUUGAUACUUAUCUGUAGAAGUGUUUUGUAAAUGUAUUCUCGACAUAAAGGAAAGGCAUUAAAAAUCCUCUUAAAUUUCCAUGAGCAUGUCAUAACGAUGUAAGAUGUUUUGACAGAAAGUUGAUUGUGUUCUGAGGGCCAAUCCAAAGGGUGAGGAAAUCUUCAAGGAGUAUGAAAAGACCAAAACACUAACAUGUCUGCAACCAGGACGUUCACCAUCUGUUUACGUGUGGCAUAUGUUAGAGCUACAUGGGAUGAUUCCAUGGUCAAGUGUGAAGACCAAUUAUGCACUGGGAAUUGUGACACUUUUUCCAUACCUCCAAGAUCCUUUCUCCAAACAUGGAUAUGAACACUACUAUGAUCCUUUAGGGUAAUACUGGCUUCAUUGCAUGCAGGAUCAAGACAGUUCAACAUAACACCUGUGCUGGCUCCCGGUGUUAUUCCAAGACUGUUCUUCAGGAUGGUCCAAAAAACAGACAAGAAUCUCUCUUAACUUGUCAACAGCGAUUUGGUGAGGAGUGCAGGGAGGCGAUAUCUACAAUACGACAUUUCACUGAUGAGAAGAUGAGCGACUUUCCAGUAUUGACCGAAGAUGGUCGGUGAGGAUGCAUCAUCUUCAGUCCUGGAUUUGUUCACUUGUUUCCUUGCUGUAUCUGGAUUGAUCGACCACGAUUUCUCCAUGAUGUUUGGUGACAAAGUGUCUCAGAAGUUCCUGGCAAUGUGGUCAAUAUUCUUCAAGCCAAAAAUCAUUGCAGACUGCAAGACUCUUAAGAAUAUGGGCGAGCUGCUGUCAGGAACUGAACCUGAAUCUGAGGACUACAAUGCGACAUGUCCUCAAUCCUUUUGCAGCUGCAUCUGCUCCCUCUAACCUCAAGAGGCCAGAAAAAAAUAUCCAAGAUCAGUUCAGCUCAAGCAACCAGCCAUCUUGUGAGCUGUCUUAAGGAAGGAGCCAGUGUGAAUACCUUCAUUGAGAGUGCUGACACAAGACAACCAUUUCUCCUCUGCAUCGGUGAGCGAAAGAAGGAUAUCCCAAAGUUCUACGUUAUUAUCGACCAAAAGGCGAUCCCAUGUAAGGCGCACACAUCAGUGGCAGCUUUUGAUGAACUGUUCAAAGCUCACUAUGUCUUCAGUUUCUGAUAUGAUGAAGCUCUUUGUGAUUUCUACACAUUUAUCCAAACCACUAUAUAUAACAUCGAUGUCGGAAGAGCAAUGGAGAGCCUGCGUGUUAAAGAACUUCGAGCAUGAUUGCUGCAGCGAGAUUAACUGCCUUGAAGAUGUUCACAUGUUUUGUAUGUAAAGCACACCUUAGAACUUGUUUGGUUCUUCGUCAACAUUUAAAAUUUCAACAUGGUUUAUAUCCUAGCAAAAAGUUACAUUUAAAAUGUG